AAAUUUUGGAGAUUUUUAUCUUCCUGCAUAGCAUCUCAAUUCUUUUCUAUCCGAUCGCGGUUGUAUUCUUUUUACCACUACAAGUUUGUUACUGCACACAGUUUGUCCUUCUACUUGUUCCAUAGGGCAGAUAGGACAAAGAACUCAAAACUUCUAAAAACACUAAAUAGACCGAAAGCACUUGUUUAACAUCCGUAGGUGGACUGGGCAAAGAACUAAAAGUAAAAACUACACUAACAGUAGAAAACCUUUCGUCCUUGUUUAACAACAACACCCUGAAAACAAGAUGUCUGACGAAGCUGUUACCAAGUUCCACUCCGCUGUCCGUUGGGGGAAGGAGAUUAAGGAACUCGAGCCCAUGUGCACACCGGAUUUGGUCAACGCCGCUGACCCCAAGAACGGGAACCGUUAAGGCUUCCUUUAAUUCAUCUUGAGAAGCAUCUUCUUUGGUCCCCGUUGCUCUAAGGGAAGGAAAGCACGCCAGAGAUGCUCUCCAAGAUGAAUUGAGGUAAGCGCUAAAGCCAAGCCAUCCACAUCUCCGCUCAGAACGGUCAUCAGGCCAUCACUGAAUGGCUCGUGAGCAAGGGUGCCGACGUCAACGCCCAAAACAACAAGGGCCAGACGCCGCUACACAUGUACUUCUACUUACACACAAGUUUCUUGUUUAACACUAACAAUAAUUUUUUUAGUUCUGGUUAUCAUUUUAUAGAUCCUGUCUCUAGUGGUAGUGUGAAAAAAUAGAAUCUACUGUUGAGAGCGAUUCUCAUCUUAACGAACCCACCUCCUCCUCCUUUUCAUGCAGGUCCGUCGAGUACGACUUCUAUUACCAGAACGUCUUUCUCAUGGAGAAGGGCGCCAGCAAGGAUCUCAAGAACGGUGAGGGGCAUCCAGCUAUCCUUGGUAAUUAUGUCGUUUUCUUUGUAUAGUAGAAAUUCAAGGAAGUCGGAGGUCCACUCCGAACCGACUAGCAUCGUCGUCAGUAAGUGCAAGCAUGAAAAACUUUCUGAGGGUCCUCCACCUAAUAGAACUGAAACUCCUCUAGGAAAAUGAGCACCAGAUGAGCCCUCGAAGUAAGUGCCAUCUUCGAGUAAGCAUGGUUCUUUCUCAUAAAUUGUGGCACCAUGGUGCAUAGAAUCAAUAUCACUGUAACUAGGUAUAUUUAUGAUCAUCAAGGUAUCAAAUGAAGUUUCAAAAAAAAAUACUACUAGCAGCCACUAGAUAUAUAUUUUUGUUUAAAAAGAUGUAACGACUUGGUCUUCUUCGGUUAAAAAAAAGCUACUAGCACUAGAAAAAGUACUAGCACAUCGAGAUAUAUACGACCAUAAAAGACAAAAACUACUAGGUAUCGACGGGGGCAAGACUGGUCACGAGGCCUGGGACAACCCGAUGACACUGUUGAAGAGCGUCUCAGACAAGGAGUCUAUGGAUGCAGCCUUUAAGGCGUUGGAAGGCGCAAAGGCGGAGGACGUCGACAAGUUAAGGCUUGAGGAAAUCCAUCUUCGCAGGCAUCUUGGCGUUCCUGUUUGCGACAUAAAACACGGCAAGGUGACAUAACCACCUCUUGCUAGGCACAUUCAUGCAUUCACUCACUCACUCACUCGCGAAAGAGGCACGGCCAAGGUGCUCACCAAGAUGGGUUUCUGCAAGGUCUAAACAAGGCAGUUCUUGCGCAGACCGGGAUGAAAAAGAAAAAGAUGCACGCCGAUUUCUGGGACGCAAAGCAGUUCAUGUCAAUCAUCUCCAAAUUUUAAGUAUGUAAGCACGUAAUUUAGUUGUACGACCUUGCUGGCAGUGGAGUAGUACUGUCUAAGACACAAAUGAAUGAAAAGAAGGACAAGGAUCUUAUCAACAAGAAGAUUCAGACUGAUGUCAGCAGUGUCGCGAUUUUGGGAUUUCAUAAUUUUUUGAACAUUCACUUGUAAGAUCAUUGAGAUUAAUUGAGCCAAUCUAGGAGCAUUACUAGUUAUCUGUUUAUGAUUCGUUAUGAAAAAUUUUCUCUUAUUUAGCAUUAGCUAAAAAUUAUGAGUAAGUAUGGUAUUAACAUGCAUUCCUUAUAAGAUUAACAUGCAUUCAAGCAUUGCGUGUGUUGUAAAAAGGAUGCGUGUAGUUGUUGGCUUAACCUGUAGUUGUAAAAGAGUUGCUCGAAUUUUUAGACCACAGUGUUGAUAUUUUGUUGAUAGUUUGAAUUGGCGCACGCAAAGGCUAGGACUUACUAGCUAGAAACGCAAAGAGCUGAUGAAUGUGGUGAAUCUCUACUCCUAGAUCACGUAGAAGACCUUCUCAAUGUGCUAGAUUAUUUUGAAUUGGUCAACUAACCAUGGCCACCAAGGAUGCGUAAGAAUCUCGAGUAGGUAACAAGUGAAGCGGAUAGCUGAUACGGAACGAUGCCGUCGCAGUUACCGCUACUAACACUACUCGUACAUCUGGGGGACAUAUCUGAAUCACUAAUUGGUCAAUUCAUUGGGUAGGUUUACUUUUUAACCAUCAGAUUUUUUGGAAAAAAUGAUCUGUCGAUAGUUGCUUUAGUCUUCUGACGACCCGGUAGGGGAUUCAACUGCGAGCUGCGCAAUAAGGAUCUGGAGAAGGAGAAGCAGGCACCCACGAUUUUUAAGCAGUUUGUGAAAGCAAAAACUCCGUCCAGGGGGAGCAUGACAUCAGUGCAAUGCUUCGACAGUAGCAGGCCAAUAGCUAUAGUACUUAUCUAGGCUCAAAACCUAUUAGAAGGCUUUGGUUCUCGCUACUUCUAUUCAACUCAGUCACGAGAGCACCUAGCAAAUGGAUUUCGAGACGCGCUCGCAUGUUGCUUCGAUUGGUAUCUAUUCUGUCAUGUUGCGAAGAUUCGUAUCUAUUCUCGCGCCAAAGAAACAGCAAUAGGGAAAAACAGCCAGCUGCCCUAGGCUCUGGGAUUAAGAGUAUACCAAUCAUUCACAGAUCCUCUAUCCGGAGCACCGGUCUAAACAAGAAAAAUGACCUUACGAACCAACAUGAAAGAGCACUGAUAUAUAGAGAAACAAUCUACUGGAGACAAACAUCAGCUAUUUCCGACGGGCCAUUCUCAUACAACUGGGUUUGAGUCUGUCAAAGGAACCGAGGCGCGCCUUGAUCAUCCAUAAAUUAUUCCCGUGUUCAGCGCUGAAUUAGACUUCUUGGGCAACUUAUAUUACCUUGAAGGUAGUGCCUCGCAAUGAGUUUUCAGUGGCGAGGACUGUCUUUCUGUAGGGGAAGGCGAC